AUGGACAGAAGGUGGAUACAGAACCCGAACAGAUGCACAAACGAAUACUUGGAUGGAAUCGAUGAUUUUAUUGAGUUUACACGUAGAUACAACCCGGGUGCAACUAGAAUCCGUUGUCCUUGUAGGAGGUGUAACAACACGUUGUGGGAGACAAUUGAAAAUGUUGGAUUUCAUUUAGUAAGGAAUGAAAUGAUUGAGACAUAUAGCAUUUGGAACCUUUACGGGGAACAAUUAGAGAGCAUGCUUCGAUUUUUUCCAUUUGCAUCGACCAACAUCAAUCAAGAAGAGGAAGAUGACGUGCCUACACCAAUAGACAGUGCGGAGUUUGAACAAUAUGAAAAAUUGUUAAAAAAUGCCAACCAAGAGUUGUACCCGGGGUGCGAGAGCUUUUCUAUUCUCACGGCCAUUGUGGAGCUAAUGCACGAAAAAAUAAAGUAUCGUAUGUCGAACCUGUGUUUCGAUUACUUUUUGGAGGUUUUCAAGAGAAUACUUCCAACGGACAAUUGUUUGCCGAAAGACCAUAAACAUACGCAGAAGGUGUUGAAUGGUCUGGGAUUGGGUUAUGAAAAAAUUCAUGCUUGCAAAAACAAUUGCAUGUUAUUCUACAAAGAGCAUGAAUCAUUGGAUACAUGUCCUAUAUACAAUGAGUCGAGGUUCAAGAUGACAUCUCAGAAUAGGACGACUAAGAUCCCAAAAAAAGUCAUGUGUUAUCUGUCCCUGAAACCUAGGUUGCAGCGAUUGUAUAUGUCGACGCAUACUGCCACAGACAUGAGAUGA